AACUACUUUGUUUCCGUUCUAGGGGUGAGCGUUACAGUAUGCAUGUGUUGGUCGUGAUGUGCACCUGAAGUGGACUUUUAUUUUAGUAGUCUAAAAGAAUAAGUAGAAACACUUUGUAACUAAGAUAGGAAAGAUGAGCAUCAGAUUUAUUUCUAAGAUAUGCGUUAAAGCGAUACCUUCUUCGACAAUAACAAAACUUUGUGGGUGCAAGCAGUUGCAGCUGUUGGACAAAUCAAGAUGUUUUAAAAUACUUCAGUGCAAGACUCUUCGUUACUACUCAUCCUCUCAAAGCUACGAAAAUGACGACAUCAAACAAAAUAGGCAACUGCUCCAAAGUGAUCCAGAGGUAAAGGCUUGGAUGAACCAGCUUGCUCAUCAGUUUUCUGAGCAUCCAGGGAGAGAGGAACUAUAUCAAAACGAGAACUUGGAGCAAAGAAAAAAUACAGGACUUGAAGCAACAGCCAAUAACUCAAGCAUAAACAUUGAAACCUUACUAGAGGAAAACGAAUCAUAUGCUGAGAUUGAGGAUUUCAGUUACCAAGAUGAAGCUGAAAACACAAUGGAAGAGUACAUGUCUGAAAGAUGCAUUCCAAUUUCGACAGAGAGAGGAAAGACUGGGCCAUUUGAUGUGGAAGAACUUGUUAAAUUGCUGGAAGAGGAAAAUGGUGUUGAUAUUCGUGUCCUUGAUAUUGCUCCUGAACUUCGAUUUGUUGACCAUAUGGUCAUUGUUACAGGAAAAUCAUUGAGACAUAUGCGUGCUAUGGCUGCCUCAGUUGAAUGGCUUUAUAAGAAAAAGAGGGCAAGCACAGACAGACAGUUUAAAUUAGAAGGAAGAGACUGCAAGGACUGGUUUGCCAUGGAUCUAGGAAACAUAGCUGUGCACAUUUUCAAGGCAGAAACAAGGCAACAUUAUGACCUGGAGACACUCUGGACACUGGGACCCGAGUUUGAUGAUCCCAGGCACUACGCUGACAAUGAGACCACCAAUUUGUCACCUGCUGAACAGUUGUGGCUGGAGAAUACUCAAAGUGAGAACACUGUUUCAACAGAUGAAUCUACCCAAGACAAGGAAACCCAACAUGCAUGAAAAUUUCCUUGAGGACUAGUUAAGAUAAUAAUUAUGGUUCUGGCAUAUAUGCAUUAAUUUGGGAAUGUGCACAUUGGAGCUUAAAGAGUUGGUUGGCUGCUACAUUACUUUUUUGUCUUUUCCAAAAUCUUUCUUAAGAUACAAAACUGCUCAUCAUCAAUCAAACUUAAAUUCGAUACACUCUGGAAAAAUUUUUGUUGUUUUGAGUUAUUAAUAACAUUUUGCAACGUGAUAAAAAUAUCUAAAAAAAAAAAUAGUUCUAAGUGAUUAUGAUGAAAAUUUUGACUGUAUUCAAUUAUAAAUGUACUAAAUUUUCUAGAGUGUGCUGUAACCUUAAAUAUAGCCUCAGCUCUCAUGUAGCCUUGAUGUGUCCAAUAGUUUUCUCUGUGCAUGUAUUUCACUAACAUAUGGAUGUUAUAUUUCUAUUUUGGGAAACAGAAUUUAUAUGGAGCCUAACCUUAUUAAACAUUCUUUAAAUCACCCCACUAAUCCAUGAAAGCUUAAAACAUACUUGUUAUAGUAUAACUUCACCAUUAAGACCUUCUAGAUAUGAUUAAAAAAAUUGUAAUGGCUAUUUUGUGGUAUAAGCAUCUCUACUUUGGCUACCUCUCCCACCUGCCUUUGACAGUUUGUGUUCUGUUAUGACAAUUGUGAAAAAAGAAUACAAGUACAUUUUAAAAGUGAUUACUUGUUCACACCUGUUGAUUGUGCUUUAUGACCUUUUGUUGGAUUCAUAAAUUUCUAAACAAUUA